AUGCCUGUCGAGAAAGACAUUUAUCAUACAGAGCUCUAUAAACUUGGUCAUGGACUUCCGAUCUAUGAGCCAGACCCGGCAGGCAAAUACGACAAAGUCAGAGUGGGAGAUUUUGGCUAUGUUGAUAGAUUUGGUUGUUUUCACAGGGUCUUCAAUGUUUUCUUGCCAAAGGAGGACCCGAUAAACCUUCAGCAUGGCACACCUAAUGAUUUUGUCCCCUUGCCGAGCAGAUCAUCAUCUACAUACCAUCGUAGCCCUCUACCAGCUGGACCUAUGCAUUCAACCUCAUGCAUACCAGCCAAUGCAUCAAUUAAGUUCAGCACCUCCAACCAACAAGGUGCAGCACUUGUUAUUAGGCACCCUGCAUACCGAGAAGAUGUCCUUCAAGAGACUGCAUUAGAAGCCUGUCUGCUUAAAAACUACAAUUCGUGGCUCGUAUUCAUACGAGAUGAUCUGGAACGUCGUAUAACCCUUCGUGAUAUUGUACUCGUUACUGGGUGCGAUUUGACAGCAGACUGGGCAACAGCUGUUUUUGUCGAGAAAUCAACACAGUGCGAGGUCGAGUUCAAGGCAUGCGAUCCUGCCUCGUUGACAACUGGAUCCGUUGGCUUCUGGGGAACUUGGCAAUCGUCUGUUAAUGUCCCUCAUCGUUGUGGACCUUGUCCUGUACAGCCUCCAUCAACCCCGAGUACCCGUCACACUAUCGAACCUGUCCAGCAGUUAAAUACUGACCCAUUACUAGUAGAGCCAAACUAUAACCAGUGUAUAUUUUUGAGAGGCUUUCGUGUCCAGGACCGAAGAGUACUUUCACCAAAGAUCAUCAAGGCAGCUGCAGAGCCAAAGGACCUGGAUAUGGACAGGGAUAGUGAUGCAGCACCUGUAAUAGCUUUGCUAGAGCAUGGGUCUGAUUCUGAUGAGUCAGUUUCUGAAGAAGAAACAUAUCAGAAACCUCAUCAAAAUCAUCAUUUUGUCUUGCAGAACCCUAUCUAUGAUGCAGUGUUUGAUCGAAUAUUCAAAGAGACAGAUGCAGAAGUUGCUAUCUUACAUGAUAGUGAGAUAUAUCAAAUUAUCAAGUCCUGUGAUGGCACACUUGAUGGAGUCAUGCUAGAGAACAUAAAUAUCACAGUAGCUUCUGAUAAUGAUUUACACAGGAAAGGGCGCAUUAUAUCAAAGGGCACAAGUACUAUUGUUGCAUAUAAUAAUAGUGGCAAAUCUGAGUGCAAGGUGUCAAAGCCACUGAUUGACCCUAAGCCCUCAAGGCAUGUUUUGAAACCAAAAGGUGCUGUCCGUGCAGGGUCUGGCUGCUACACCUGCAGAAUACGCCGAAAGAAAUGUGACGGGAAGCCGGACGCAGAUGGCCAGUGCCAGACCUGUGUCCGUCUCCGCUUGCAAUGCCUUGGCUUUGGUGCAAAACGUCCUGAAUGGAUGCGCGAGGGCAACAGCGUAGAAGAGUUGCGAAGCAAAAUCAAGGGCUUCCUUGCUCAGAACGGUAUGAUUAAAGGCCACUCCGCCUCCAUUGCAUCCGGUCCCCCAGACUCUCUAUCCACUCCAGAAGCAAGUACAAGCUCGGCGCCUGGGACGUCUGUUUCACUCCCGCUGGCGACAGCUAACACAUCUAAGCGUGUCCGCCAUUUGCCGAGUCCAUAUUCUGAUAUGCCAUCAUCUUUCUCCGCGGCUUCGACUUCUUCGACGACUGCGACUGGUUCUUAUAUGGCCCCUUCCUACUAUCGUGGCAGUUCGUCCAACAUGAGCUCAGUCUCAAACACCUCGGAUGUGGCAUCCCCUUUAUGUGGCUCGUCAUUUUCUACUGCAUCGACUCCGGCUCUCACUUCGUCAUCUGGAUCUGACGCUGGUUGGGAAUCCCCACGCUCUGACCUACUCGGGUCUUCAUUUGGCGACAUGGACCAACGCUGGGCAUCGGAAUACUAUAUGCCUUCCCAACUUACUUCGGCACAUGCCCACGUCUCCAACUAUAACGCCAAACAUGACCCAACUGCCCAUGUGAAAACCGAACCGGACAUUGUGGACAUGGACAUCGACCACAAUUGUCAAUUUAAUGCAUGCUCGUCUACAACCUAUCCUGGUGGACCAUUGUCGCGCUCACGGAGCCUGAUUAACGAUCGAUGCACAACCUCUACUGCAAACGCUCACUCCGACGUCAAACGUGAACCCGAUGAUGAUUCCAUGAAUGCAUAUAUCAAUGACAACUAUAACGCAUCAACGGAUCACUCAUCGUCUGUAUUCUCAAACCCGUUCGCAUACCAUGAUAAUGCCGAGUCCACUUACAUGGCACACAAUAACGCUACAGUCGUCAACCCGUCAUACCAUGCACCCCAACUUUCUCCUGACUCGCCUCCGCCCACUUAUCGUCCGGAUCCAAAUGAGCGAGCAGGGGCAUGGUCGGCCGAGUGUGAGCGUGGCAUGUCACCUCCCAGGGCAGUUUAA